CCCCCCCCCCCCCCCCCCCGGACGUCCAACAUUUUGUUUUUUUUCUUUUCUUUUCGGGACUCGGACUUAGCGUGCGCGCGCUCUCUCCGGUACUCCAGUCCCCGGACCGCAAACUUUGGGGUCGGCGCGGCGGAGCCCCCCCUGACCCGCUCCCCCAGGAGGGACAUCGACUCCCAACAUGAGUGAACAGAGCAUCUGCCAGGCGCGAGCCGCUGUCAUGGUGUACGACGACGCCAACAAGAAGUGGGUCCCAGCGGGCGGCUCCACCGGCUUCAGCAGGGUCCACAUUUACCACCACACCGGGAACAACGCCUUCCGCGUGGUGGGGCGCAAGAUUCAGGAUCACCAGGUGGUCAUCAACUGCGCCAUUCCCAAGGGGUUAAAGUACAACCAGGCCACGCAGACUUUCCACCAGUGGCGAGACGCUCGACAGGUCUACGGCCUGAACUUCGGCAGCAAGGAGGACGCCAACGUGUUCGCCAGCGCCAUGAUGCACGCACUGGAGGUGCUGAUAUCCCAGGAGGCAGGCCCUGCCCAGCCCAGACAGAACCCCCCCAUGCAGAACGGUCCCACACAAGAGGAGCUAGACCUGCAGAAGAGGCAGCUGCAGGAGCUGCAGCGGCAGAAAGAUGUGGAACGGGAGCGUCAGGAGAGGGAGAUUUUGGAGCGGCAGGAGCGUGAAAGGCAGGAGAAAGAGAUUGAAGCAGAGAAGGAGCGGCUUGCACGGGAGCGCCAGGAGCAGCGGGAGCAGCAGGAGCAGCGGGAGCAGCGGGAGCAGCGGGAGCAGCGGGAGCGUGCCGAGCAUGAAGUGAUGGAGAAGGAGCAGCCGGACAGAGAACAGCAGGACUGGGAGAGAGGGAGGCGCAUGUCCAACGCAGCCUUUGAAAGCUCUCUCUGCACCCCGACACCCCAGGAGCACAGCAGGACUAUCUCCACUCCCGUUUCUCCGUCCACGCCCAUUUACCCAGCUUCUGGUGGGGGGCCGUUGUCCUCAACGACCCCCCCAACCCCCCCUCAGAGGCACUUGGCCUCCCGCUUUGCCACCUCCCUAAGCUCCGCCUUCCACCCCGUUCUGCCUCACUACGCCACGGUUCCCAGGCGCCAGCACACUUCUCCACAAGCCCCUCCCCUGGCGCUCGCCCCCACCCCUUCUACUCCCCCCAAGUCCGUGGUGUGGUCAUCCAGCAACUUCACCCCUCUGCCCCCGUCCCCCCCCGUGAUGAUAAGCAGUCCUCCGGGUAAGGCCGCCGGCCCCAGGCCCCUCUUCCCCAUCGCUGCCCCCUCCCCCCUCAGUCAGAAGCCCCCCUCGCCAUCCCCCAACGGCCCUCCAAUGUUCCCCGCACCCUCCCCCGUAACCAUCCCAUAUAACCACACCCCUUUGGGCAUUGGCUGCCCCACUCCACCUCCCCCACCCACGCCUCCCCCUCUUCCCUCCCCCAUGGCUCCCUACCCAUCUUCUUCCUCAGUAUCGUCCCCCCCCUUGUCAUGCCAGGCUCCUGCUGUGCCCCCUCCCUCCACAGCGCCCCCUGCUGCUGCUGAGCACCUCUCGCUCCCCGUGGGUCAGUACCAGACGGGGGAGUGCGACCCGGCUGCAGGUCCGGACCCCCAGUCGGCUCCUGGGGGGUCAUCCUGCCAGCCCCAGGCAGACCCAGCAGACAGACAGGUGGUGACAACCCCUCCCCCAGCUCCACCCUUACCACCCGAUUCUUCUGUUGCCUCUAUGCCAGCAGCCACGCCCACCACCCCUGCGGCCACGCCCACCACCCCUGCCGGCCAACAUCUUCCACCCCCUCCUCCUCCACUUCCACCGACACUGUGUGCAGGUGGACCCACGCCCCCCUUGUCAGGUCCAGCUCCUCCUCCUGGAGCCCCCCCGCCACCGCCACCCCCCCCUCUCCCCUCUAGCCUGUUCUCUUCGUCAGAGGACCGCCCCCUCUCUGGACUGGCCGCCGCCCUGGCUGGAGCCAAGCUGCGCAAAGUGCAGAAGAAUGACGAUCCAGGAGCAGCUGUGGCUUCUUCUUUAUCCGGGUGUGUGGGGGCCAAGUCAGACGCCAGAGGGAAUGGGCUCCUGGCUGGAGGAGGAGGAGGUGGAGGAGGACUAAUGGAAGAAAUGAGCGCCUUACUGGCCAGGAGAAGAAGAAUCGCAGAGAAGGGUUCUUCACCUGAACCUGACCAGAGAUCGGAGGAGGCUGACUUAAGCUCCACCCCCAAAGUACCAUCAUGUAGCACACCAGACAUGCCCAGGAAGCCAUGGGAACGAACAAACACGGUGAACGGCAGCAAGUCUCCCGUCAUCGGAAGGCUAAAGUCCACACCGACGCCCACAUCAUCUUUAAGUGCCAAUGGCGUUUCAGCAGAAGCUCUGGACUAUGACCGACUGAAACAGGACAUUCUUGAUGAAAUGAGGAAGGAACUGUCCAAACUAAAGGAAGAGCUUAUUGAUGCAAUCAGGGAGGAGCUGGGGAAGUCCAGCACGGCAUGAAGGGCCCAAAGCCGCUCUUCCCAACAUCCAUGUGACCAGAAACGACCCAUCAGCCAGCAGAGGAACCACGGACAGAUCAGGAGACAAUGUCUGACCGCGGAGGACGUUUCGCUGAUGGAGGAGCUCUAUGCAAACAUGAAGCCCCACAAAGACAGAACUCUGCUCCUGCAAAACCCUGGACUCCUGUCAUUUCCCAUCAGGCCUUCUGUUAGGCAGAGCUGCACAAAUGGAAGCUGGGGGCCGGGGUUAUCUAUUUUUCCCAUGAUGCCAUAGGAGUAGCAUGUGCAUGUGCGGAUGUGUGAGAGGAGCUGACGUGCACGUUGGACUAGUCUUCCUCAGAUUUUACCCUGAAAAUGCACAAAGAUUCGAUUCAAAGAGAGUUUUUAACGACCACAUCUGUGUCCAGGAAUGUACGGCCAUGUCAGCGUGUUCAGUUCCUCCUCCAUACUCAGUCCUCUGUCCCCCCAUCAUGCUGGUCCACCUCAGAGACCGUGUCAGAGAACUGCAGUGACGGAGUGUGACCCCCUUCCAGAAAAGGGUUUACGUCCGGCUCCGCUGUCAUGAAGUCCAUUCAGUCGCCAUUUUUCUGCGUUAUGGAUGCCGCCAUGUUGGAGCCAUAAGUCGUCAGUAAGCAGUAAUUGAUCCGAGUCAGAGUUUCUAUGGGAACCACUCUCACCAAUCAGGAGUGAGAUGAUUAUCAAGAACAUGUUAGAAAAAAAA